AUACUGAGUGAUGAGUAUAUACAAGCAAGUCAUACGUCGUUGUCGCGAACACAAGUAGAAAAGAAGAAGAGGGGGCUAUAUUGCAUCCCGGCCACCGCUCUCGGCCCUUCCCUUCACCAACAAUAUACAAAGAUUCCAUUUUUACAGACUUGUAGGGAGUAUUAUCUGUAAAGUUCCGUUAGAAUACGACGGCUUCUCGCGCUUCAACUAAGCGUUUCCCUAUUCUCUUCGUUGAUUGCAAAUCGUGCUCCGCUCGUUGAUGAUCGAACCAUAAACCAUAGACCAUAUAGUGUGGUCGAGUUAUUUGCUACUUUGAUUGGUCGUGAAGGGCAGAGGAGCUGUGUCAUGUUUGGGCAUUCACGUGUUUCCUCAUCGAUGUAUAAGAGAAUGACAUCGAGGGAUUACAUGGAGGCUGAUGAUGUUGAACUUGAUAAGCAUGAUGAUUUAGGUUUCAUUGAGAACGGUGAUGAACAACAAGAGAUGUCAACUCCCUCCUGGAAACGUUCGUGCCCACAUGUGUUAGUGGCAACAAUAGUUUCAUUCUUGUUUGGCUAUCACAUUGGAGUAGUUAAUGAGCCACUUGAAAGCAUUUCCAUUGAUCUUGGAUUCAACGGGAAUACGCUCGCAGAAGGUCUGGUGGUGAGUACUUGCCUGGCUGGUGCUUUUUUGGGAUCUCUGUUCAGUGGAUGGAUUGCUGAUGAGGUUGGACGGCGUAGGGCUUUUCAGUUGUGUUCUUUGCCCAUGCUUAUUGGUGCUUUAGUAUGUGCAACAACUAAAACCUUAGCAGGUAUGCUCCUAGGGAGGAUUUUGGUCGGAAUAGGAUUAGGUGUUGGUCCACCUGUUGCCUCUUUGUACGUAGCAGAGGUGGCGUAUAUGCUUUUGGGUAUCUUUAGUUCCAGCUGCAGUGCUGGCAUUUGGGAUGAUCUUUUGUGCCGAGUCACCUUAUUGGCUUUAUAAGCAUGGUAGACUCACAGAAGCUGAAGCUGAGCUAGAAAAGCUACAAGGAAGUUCCCAUGUUAGAACUGCAAUGCUGGAGCUGUCCAAGCUGGAUAGAGGGGAUGAGCAUGACACCAUCCAGCUCUCUGAACUCCUUUAUGGCCGGCAUUCCAGAGUUGUUUUUAUUGGAUCAACCCUAUUUGCUUUACAACAGCUAUCUGGAAUAAAUGCUGUGUUUUAUUUCUCUUCAACUGUAUUUAGACAUGCUGGAGUAUCCUCAAACCUAGCAAAUGUUUUCAUUGGCAUUGCAAACUUGACAGGCUCAGUUGUUGCGUUGAUUUUGAUGGACAGAUUAGGAAGGAGAGGUCUCCUUCUUUGGAGCUUUUUGGGCAUGGCUGUAUCGAUGGGACUUCAAGUUUUUGCCUCUACAAUUGCAUCAAGCUAUGCUUCUUUCUUCCUUUCUGUUGCUGGGAUGCUAUUUUUUGUCUUCACAUUUGCCAUUGGUGCGGGUCCAGUACCAGGUCUCCUCCUGCCCGAAAUAUUUCCUGGCAGGAUCAGGGCAAAAGCUAUGGCAUUUUGUAUGUCAGUUCAUUGGGUGUUCAAUUUUCUAGUUGGUUUGCUGUUUUUGCGCAUGCUUGAGAAAGUUGGGCCUCAGGUGUUAUAUGGCAUGUUUGGUACCUUCUGCAUGAUUGCUGUUGGUUUUGUGAAGAGAAAUGUGAUGGAAACCAAAGGCAAAUCACUGCAAGAGAUUGAGAUUGCUCUCCUCCCCCAAGAAUGAACUCAGAUUGAUAUGGUCACGGAGAUGAAGUAUCAACUAUUAAGCCAUCUGGCAUCCGCACUAGCUGCUUACCUUCAAGCUCCUGCUGCUGAAGAGGUUUUCCUCGCUGCCAAAGAUAUGUUAUGUUAUUAUGGAUUUAUGGGUGGUUGUAAAUUGAAAUACUCUGUAAUCUGUAUGUAAUGAUUUCCAUUUUCCAAUACGCUGUAUUCAAUUACUUGCAUCUCGUUUGCUUUGCACAGAAUUUAUUAGUCGGAAAUAAUGUCCAGCUGCAGCAC